AAAAUUAAAACAAAAAAACAAGAUUAAAAGAAGCUGUAACAAAAGAAAAAAGGAUAUUGGAAUUCGAAGUUGAAGAAAAGUAGAAAACUGCGUUACCGUCUUCUUCUCCAAACGAACCCUAGUCCCGCCGCCAACUCGCCUUCUUAGUCGUUUCCGGCGAAGUAGAAUCACAUGGAGAUGUUGGAAGGCGAAAAGACCUUCGAGGUCGAUCUCGGUAACCUAAUGGCCUUCGAUUCUCAUUUCGCUUUCCCUUCUCAACAACCACCUCUUUCGAGGCAAGAUCUGGUGAACGUGUGUUUACAGAAAGGAACUGAGUUAGUUCAAGCUAUCGCAGAUUCACUCUUUACUUUGCCUUCAACUGAAGAUGUUGAUGGUCCCCUCGUUAACUUGCCCGCACCUCUCACCAAAUUACCUAGAGAAAAACAUCUUCCAAAGCCAAAACCUCCAACCAAAUGGGAAGCUUUUGCCAAAAAGCAAGGAAUUCAAAAACGGAAGAAGGACAAAGUUGUUUUUGAUGAGCAAUCUGGAACAUGGAAACGCAGUUAUGGGUAUGAUCAUGCCAAUGAUGAAGAUGCUAUACCUAUUAUCGAGGCAAAACCAACUGAUGAUCCAGGAGAGGAUCCUUUUGCCAAAAGAAAGGAAAAUAAAAAGGGAAGAGUUGAAAAACAGGAGAAACAUCGGCUACAGAACUUGAAAAAUGCUGCCAAGUUUGGGGCUUUACCUAGCCAUGUUCAGUUGGCUGCUACUUCUCUGCCCAUAACAGGAACUCAAGCAGCACCUAAGAAGGUUACCAAGGAUAUAUUAGGCAACGUAGCAGGAAUUGCAGCAACAGCCACAGCUAGUGGUGGGAAAUUUGACAAGAAAUUGCCAGGAGAGAAGGCUCCACAACAUAAAGGAAAAUACAGAAAGUUCCUGCCAGUGGUAGAAGGAACAGGAAUCGGAUCAAUGGAGAGAGAGCAAACUGAAAAAAUAUUGAACAAGAUCAUGGCCAAGAAUUCCCAUGACAUACUCAAUGUUACCAAGGCUGUCACAGUGCACAAUGUGAAGAAAGAGAAAAACCGAAGGAGCGAUAAAUCGAAGGCUUCAUCAACUAAUAGCAAAUUGAAAACUCAGAAGAAGCCUUUUAAAAAGGGAAGUGCCAAGAAAGACUACGCAAAAGGAAAGUAGUUUAGAUUUUAUCGAAGCCUGUAGAGUUUUUUGGAAACUCUUUUUAGUGGUUUAAUUAAAGUUUUGUAGACGAUUAUUUUAUAUAUCAAUUGUUAUCCAUUUUAUCAUGUUUAUGUCUUCUAUCUAAACAUCAGAUAUCUCGAUUGAUUAUUACACAA